CGCGUUCGCGCCUAACAUGUGUUUUCGACUCGACACAAUACAUUAUUCGAAUCGAUACUUGGCCCGAGCCGCUGCCAGAGAUCAGAGGUGAAUAAAAAAUCAACAAAGAUUAAAUAAAAAGUUCGAGCGGUAAGCAAGAUCGAUCAACUGCCGCAUAAUAAAAUUGGACCCAUCUCAUCUCGUCCUUUAUCUUUUUCCAACUAUUUUCCAACUAUUUUUCAAUAUCUUUAACAGCCCACUCACCGAUCCACCCAAAUAAACACAUCAGUGCACUCGUAUGGCUUACUGGUCGGCAUCUGUAAUCAAUUUUGCUGGCAGCAGCAGAGGCAUCAAUGGGCUGCGCACUCGAGCGAUCUGCCGCGCCUGGGCAUCAUCAACCACCGGCGCACAUGAUCCGAUCAGCAUCAGCAAGACAAAAUCAGGACGCAAGCACUUGGUGUUUAAUAACCGUACUGGGCCAUCGCUGCAGCACUUUUUGGCGCAGCCUCUGGGCGCAAACGCCGUCGAGCCUGAGGACAUUCCAUACAUGGCUGUAUCUGACUGGGGUGAGGGCCGCAAGUACUAUGUUGAGGUGUAUGGCUGCCAGAUGAACGUCAAUGACACGGAGAUCCUGAUGUCUGUGCUGAACAAGGCCGGGUACCAGCGCACAAUGGAGCUCGAAGAUUCUGAUGUGAUUUUCCUAAUGACAUGCGCGAUCCGCGAAAAGGCUGAGGACCGCAUCUGGAACCGACUGGCGCACCUAAAGUCGCUGAAGACUAAGGCACGGCCAGACCGGCCUCCGAUGGUCGGCGUACUUGGAUGCAUGGCAGAGCGGCUGAAGGAGAAGCUCCUCGAGUCAGACCGCCUGGUUGACGUGGUCUGCGGUCCCGACGCAUACCGGUCGCUGCCACGGCUGCUGUCGCUGCGGGCAAUUGGCAACGUCAUGCUGUCUGCCGAUGAGACAUAUGCGGAUAUCACGCCGGUGCGGCUCGACGAGAACAAGAUCAGCGUCCAUUUGAGCGUCAUGCGCGGCUGCAACAAUAUGUGCAGCUUCUGCAUUGUGCCAUUCACACGCGGGACAGAGCGCAGCCGCAACAUCGACUCGAUCGUCGACGAGGUGCGGCGCCUCAGCAAGCAGGGCAUCCGCGAGGUCACGCUGCUAGGCCAGAACGUCAACUCGUACCGCGACACCAGCGACAGCGCCGUCUUUGCCGUGCCAGAUUCUGAGUCCAGCUCUGGGUCUGGCUCCAGCCUGAGCCGAGGCUUUAACACCAUCUACAAACGCAAGGACGGCGGGCGUCGCUUUGCUGAGCUGCUGCACCGCGUUGCACAGGUCGAUCCCGAGAUGCGCGUGCGGUUCACGUCGCCGCACCCGAAGGACUUCCCCGACGAGCUUAUUCAGGUUAUCCGUGACUGCCCCAACGUCUGCCGCAACAUCCACCUGCCACUGCAGUCGGGCAGCACGUCGUGCCUGCAGCGCAUGCGCCGCGGUUACUCGCGCGAGGCGUUUCUCGCGCUGGCGCACCACAUCCGCAGCGUCAUACCCGAUGUGACGUUCAGCACCGACGUCAUUGCCGGGUUCUGCGGCGAAACCGAGGCCGAGCACCGCGACACGGUUGAGUUGAUGCAGGCCGUGGGCUUCGACACGGCGUUCAUGUUUGCGUACAGCAUGCGCGAGCGCACCCACGCGCACCGCAAGUUCCAAGAUGACGUGGCAGCCGACGUUAAGGGUCGGCGGCUGGAGGAGAUCAUCACUGCGUUCCACGCGACGGCCAAGGCGAAGAACCAGCUGCUGGUCGGCUCGCAGGGCCUGGUGCUGUACGAGGGCUUGACUAAGAAGCAUGGCCGGCCGUUCGGCUCGGACGACUACGGACACAAGGUCUUUUUGACCACGCCGCCGACAAUGAGCCUUCGCCCUGGCGACUACGUGCGCGUGCGCAUCGAUGCCGCCACGUCAGCGUCGCUGUCUGCGACCGCGAUUGAGCCGACAACGCUGGUUCGCUACUACAGUGAGUACCCACAGAUCAACGCCGGCCAGCAGCAGCUGUUGUUCAAUGGCUCAGGCAGCGGGCUGGAGAUUGGCAUUGGCGCCAACUCCGACCUUGCAGCUGCGCACAAUGCGACCACUUCUGUGCCUAAAGCGUUGCAUAUCGAGCGAGCGUCGCUUUAAUUUCUAUUAACGAAAACACGCGCACAGGCAAUUUAUUUUCCAUUAUUUUUUUCCUUCGGUGUUGCAUAUUGCCAAUGCGUCGUCAUUCUCCACACACGGCUCAUUUCAAAACAGCA